AUGGUCCGUAGUCGAUCAGCAGAGCAAACAGCUCGCGUACUUUUAUCAAAUGCUGUUCGCUAUGAUACAUGGGAGUCAAAGGCAUUAAAAGAGAAUACAGUUGGAUCUCGCCUUACACUACGGCUCACUUGGGAUGAAUUGCCUUUAGAAUCACCUUUUAUGGAUGUGGUGGCCUUACAGAUGACCUUAUUCGAUAAGAAUUCUUCUUCUUUUAUUGGGGCCACUUAUACUGUAUCGCGGCAAACCAUUACGGAGCCCAUUAUUUUUCAGACUUCUGUAGAGAAUGUGGUGUUGGCAUUAGAAUUAGUGGCUCAUGAUGAACGUAGUAAUGCGCCUGUUGAAGGGCGACGUGUACUACUUUGGGGUUAUAUUCCCAUUUCUAAUUUGGCUUCCGAUUGUGUAUUGACACUACAAUCUGGUAGUGCCCAGUUGUUAUUGCUGGAUCCCAAAUCAUGGCCAACAAACAAUAAAGAUGCGGUUCAAAAAUUAGGAUAUAAGUGUAGUGUUGUGGAGGAUGUGGUGCUUGUGCAGCUCAUGACCCGACUUGUGCCUCCUGGUAUAUUUGUACCGCAGAGUUUCACGGAGAGUACACCGCAGGCUUCCACUUCCUCCUUCCGAUGUGUAGUGACGAACAUUCAACUAAACCCCACAAGCGAAGAGGCAGAGUGGUAUAAUAGUUCAACAGAGUGGCGUGUGGCUGCUGUGGCCCAUAAUGGAUAUCAACAACUUGGACAAGGCGCAGAGGUUCCAUUGGUAUUUGAUUACAUUAGUAGCACGAGCAAUAGCAUUAGUGAUGAUAGGGAUACUAGUAGCGAUAGUCAUCAUGAUUAUCAUAUACAUCAUAAUGAGGAUGAAGAUAAUGAUAGUGUGAAGCGAUCGGCUUCCUCCUUUACAAUGUCUGCACGUGGAGGAAAUGUACGGCAUCGUGUUUUGCACUCCGUCAUGGCUCUCACAAUUGACGCACUGCCGGUGCAUUCUGCGACUUCACUCGUACUUGCCAUUCGCCGUCGUCGGGUGGGGGAGUCGCAGUUUGAAGUGUUGGGCUUCUGUGUAUUUCCACUCUGUGUAAUGCCCGUGCGGGAUCGGGAUUUGCGUGUGGAGAAUCUCCCCACUCUGCAGGGACCAUUUGCUUGUCGAGAUCCACGACUGUUGAUGUUGGAGCCCUCCUCACCGUAUGGGAAACUACCCAUGGCCGUUACUCUCACAGUGGAAUACUACGAUACGGAAGUACCAGCGGGGAUGGAAACACUUUCAUUAGGGAAAGAGAUGGGAGGAUACGACGAUCAUCAGAUGAUGAUGAUGAUGAUGAUGAAGAAGUCGGAUGAUAAGACACCUAUGAGUGAUAAAUUAAUAACAGAAGACACUGUCACUACACAAAUUCCUUUUACUUCCGUAGAUCCAGGAAUGAAAAAUAUAGGAAUUCUCUCAACAGAAGAACAUAUUCCUCCAAAAGAAACGGGUACCACAGCUAUAGCGACUAGUCCUCAAAAUAUUGCUACUUUAACAACUGACGCUGCUAAGAUUUCUUCAACUACAACGGUUCCAGUUGCCCCAAAGAUAGAACUUUCUUAUCCUUUAGAUGGGAUGAAGGGACAAACUGGGAAAGAAGAUGUUUCUAUUGAUGUAUUUAAAAUGCUCUGUAAUGUUAUGGAGGAAUUACGUCGUCUGCGAGAGAUGCAGGAGGAAAUAAUGAGAUAUGGACGACCACGUGGAAUUCCAGCAGAUCGUGUUACGAAGACUGGUAAAAGAUUAGAUGAUGCUACAGAAAUUGAUGUAGUAGAUCUUUCCCCAACUCCUGUCUCUAUUUCUUGGGAAGUUCGAUGUCAAAUAGAAGAAAAUCUUCAACCUAUAUUACAUCCUGUACGUGGGACUCCUCUUGAAGUUCAUGUUCCUGCAUCUAAUGAUAUGACGGCUUCUUUGUAUGGUAUUCGUUUUGAAGGGUUAUCUACAGAUACCGCUAUUGAGGUACCAGUGGAUGUUUGUUUUAUGUUUUCCUUUGGACCUCUUCCAUUUCAAACCAUUGGUCCAAUUCAUACAUCACGUAUUGAUAAAACUUCUCAUGUGCAGACAUUUAAACUUUACGAAGGUACACAACGAGGUGGAAUGGUAUGGUGUGAACCAAUAGAAGCUGCAGAAGAUCCUUUUUUACAGAAGUAUAAGAAAAAUGGUGAUAUUACACUGUAUAUUCACGUUUAUGAUGCACUAACGAUGUUUUAUAUUGGAAGUGCAAAUGUUCAGUUAAAACAUUUUCGUCGUCCUUAUAAUGCGGAGAGUAGCCGUACGGCAAUGGAUCUUCCUUUUUAUCGAGAUCUUAGUUUAACAGAAAAGACGGUCCCAGCAAAAGUACUUCCUAUUAUGCGUAAUGCGGGUCAAUUGCAUGUAACACUUUUCUGUGUUGGUGUUGGAGGAGGUAAUCUCGCCACUGUGCAGGUAAAUAGAGUGAUUGAACCUCCUAAAGGAUCACGGGUCAUUGUGGCUAAGAAAUUACCCCAUGCAAAUAUCAUGGAACAACUCCCUGAUAAUAUAAGUAAAGGAGGAGAAGCAAAAACAUUAGUUUCUCAAGAGGGGAAUGAUAGACCAUCUUCAAAUGCAAUACCUCUACCCAUACAAGCAGCAGGUGUAACAGAGAAAUCACAAACCUCAGAAGGACAAGGACAAGGAGGUGAAGAACAACAACAACAACAGUCUAGAAAUAAUGAUAUUAAUAAUAAAAGUGGAGAAAAAGAUGAUAUUCACUGGCGUCGGGCGCAAUACGUAAAACAAUUAUACGGUAGUAGAACUUCAUUAUCAGGUGUGUCGAGUAAUAAUAAUACUAAUAAUAAUAGAAUUCAGGAAGCUGAUCUUGAGUUCCGAUUACGUUAUCUUGAGAAGCAGCGAGAUGAAAUGAAAUCCCGUAAAAUUGCGGAAACCCUUAUGGCUCGACUGACUGUACAUCAUCACUUGUGUGUUGCCGCCUUUCGUCCAGAGAAAACGCGAACAUUAUUUGAAAAUCCUUUUAAUGUAGCGAUGCGUUUUUGUGUAGAGAUAGACUCUGCUGCGACUGGUGCAUUAGAAGUCUUAUCAUCACCUUCUUUUCUUUUAGGACCAAGAGAACGAACAGAAGUGGUACUCGUUAUUCGUCUCAACACUGGAGGGAAACGACGUGGUAAUAAUAAUAAUAAUAAUAAUAACAGUAAUAGAGAUGCUGUACAACUACGUGCACGUUUAUAUGCAGAAAGUGGUCGUGAACUUGUUCGUGUUAUUGACAUUCACGCAACUGUUGGCCCACCGUUUGUAGAUCGUCGAUAUGAAAUAUAUGGAGUGGCUGGUACGAGAGUAUCCAAGAAAUUCUUUUCACGUCUUUUCCCCGCCGCGCUCUUCCCAAUUACAUCUGAUACUAUUCAAUUAUUAAAUCGUAUGCGGGCGGUGUGUGGACAUGUGGGAGUGGCGAGUCCAGCGGGGACGAUGGCGGAGGUCAAUGCGGUGCUGGAUCCCAUCACCCAAACAUAUAUGGUGGCUUGGGAGGAAAUCACGAUGCAUGUAAACAUUCCAGCAGAGGGAAAUCAAACAGAGCGGGUGGAGUAUAUGACCCUCUUUGCAGAUGAGGCGAUGAGUGAAGUCAUUGAGACGUGGGAAUUAUGUGUAUUUGCUUGCAAUGCAGUAACAUCAAGGGAAUUAUUAUUUGGGCAAACAACUACAGUGGCACUUCCUUCUGCGGGUAUUGAAGCUCUUUACUGUAGUGAUCCCCAUGUAAAGGUAAUACAGCGUGAAAGUUCUUAUUUACUGCGUAUGCGGCCGCAGGAGGUUGGCACUCAACAAUUAUUAUUACACACACUCACCAAUCAACAUUUAGCGAAAACAUUACUUACUGUACCGACGGUUUACCCUACACCAACCUAUACACAGGCAUUAGAACUUAGUUUAGCAGAUAUGACCGCACCUGUGUUCCGUCGUUUACAGUUUGUUCAUCGUGGACAAGUAGAUGAGGUCUUCACAGUCCAUCACAAUUAUAAAUAUCAACUCUCCAUUACACCAAAACAAUUUGCCUUGGCACCAGGGGAUUCUCAGUUUAUUACAUUACAGAUUGAUAUGUUAACUUUACCAGAGGGAAAAACAGAGGGACGUUGGCCAAUGUGGAUUUUCAUUAAUAAUGGAGAUGACAAGACGGUCGAGUCGUACUUACUUCAGGUGGUAUUACGGGCCCAUCGCAUUGUACAUGAAGUGCCUCCGUAA